CAGAAAUAAGAAUGGAGCCUGGGAAAAAAUCUGCAAAAACGUUAUUUUCUCUUCUCACUUCUCAUUCCAUUCCAUCGCCAUGACCCUCACCGCCAUUAACCGCCUCUCCGCCAUCAAGGGUCACAUCCGCACCAUGUCAACCACGGUCAACAAGGUCGUCCACACCUCCACGGCCCCCGCUGCCAUCGGUCCUUACUCUCAAGCUAUCGUCGCCAACGGCUUUGUGUUCUGUUCAGGUUCCCUCCCCGUCAACCCUGCCAACGGUGAAGUCGUCCCUGGCGGUGUCAAGGAGCAGGCUGAGCAAGUGUUGACCAACAUGGGCGAAGUCCUCAAGGCCUCCGAGUCUUCCUUUGGCCAGAUCGUCAAAUCAACUGUGUUUUUGAAGAGCAUGAACGACUUUGCAGCCGUCAAUGAAGUCUAUGGCAAGCGUCUCGGAGGUGCUCUUCCUGCCCGCUCCUGCGUCGAGGUCGCUCGUCUGCCCAAGGAUGUUUUGGUCGAGAUCGAGUGCAUUGCCACCGUCUCCAAGUAAUCAUCCCAACUCAUCCAAUCAACAUCCUUAGAGCGAAAUAAAAGCGCGCAAUUCAAACGACAAUGGGCCUCGACAAGGAUAUAUAUCCAUUCAGUCAGAUCCCCUUUCAAAGGGCUAGGAACAAUUGCAGUGGUAUAUCAUCAUAUUCAUCAGCAAUUUCAUGUAUUAGUUGAUAUUGUUGUUUAUGUGGACAAACAUAAUAAACUUUAAGCCUUGUGGAGAGAGGAAGCGCGACGCUUCUUGACCUCCUGACGCUUCUCGGCAGCCUCCUUGACA